AUGGAAAAAAGUCAUCCCGAUACGGUUUUACUAUACGAACCGGGUUUGUACCAACUGGUUUGUAAUUCCAGACUACCGAUAGCUGAAGCGUUUCAGGGCUGGGUGUUCGGUGAGGUACUACCAUCUAUCCGUAAAAUAGGCUCAUACAAAUUACCAGAAUCUGAGCCGCUUUAUUGUAAACAGAUGAAGCUAAUUAAUGAAACGGACCUUCAUUAUGCUGUUGUAGAAUAUCUUAAAAAGUACCACCCAAAAGCUCUAAUCUUACCAGGAUUAGGAGUGUACCAGGAUACCUCAUACAAAAGAUGUGACGCUUGGAGGAAGGGAUAUAUGGGUGGACAACCAGACCUUAUGAUAAUGAAUCCAAGUAAUGGUUUCCAUGGAUUCGCAAUAGAGCUCAAGACUCCAAAGGGUACAGGAGAAGUUAAGGAUAAUCAGGUAGCAUGGUUAGAGGCACUAAACAAAAAUGGCUACCAGACAUUAAUAUCUAAUGAUUACACAGAGAUAGUGCUGGAUAUAGAGGAGUACUUUAGGGUCGACAAAACAAAGAAACUCCUAAAGGAAAUAAAGAAUCUUAAGAUAAAGUGUAAGACUCUGAAGGCCAGUCAGUGUAAGGAAGUUGUAAUUCGACAAAUUGGUUACACAGUAGGUAAGUACUAG